CAGAAGAGCAUGAUGAAUCGCAAUGCAUUAUUGAUAAUAAUAAUUACUUUGACAUGCGCAUUUCUACUGGAGGGGCUAAUUUCCCCCAACCUGGAGAAUUUCUAAAGGAGAGGGACUAAAUAGUCUUACUAUUCGCCCCAGAUGCUUGUAGGUUACCAUGUCGCGGCGCAAGCAAUCCAAACCACAGCAUAUCAAUUCAGACGAUCCCGCUUCGACAGAAAAUGGGAUCUUGCACAACGGUCAAGGUGAGGAGGAUGGCAAUGAUGCUAAGAGGCGACGAUCAGAGGAGACGAGGGUUUGCGACAAAUGUUGUGCCGAGUUCUUCGACGAGACAGAGUUUCUCGAACAUGAGAGAAAUUGCACUAAGAGUCAGCAGGUCAUGAUCAUGAAACAUGGCGAUGGGAGUGAAGUGCCCACUGAGUUCUCCCAGCAUUCUCCGGGUGAUUUCCUGGGCAAUCAGUCUACCAGUAAUUCACAUACAAAGCACAGUGCAGAAUCUGAGGAAAUGAUGGAAGGAGAGCUCAUGCUGAACCAGGAUGUCCCCUCAAAUCACCAUCAAGAUGUGUCUGGCAGUUCAGACGUGGGGUACAUUGUAUCUUCCAAAUUGCAAGACUCUGUGACUCUUGAGUCCAUGGCUGCUACUAAAGUUGCUGUAACACAACACUCAUCCAGUUCCUCCAAUCAGAAGUCUCCUCCCACACAACCACACGAAGAUGCCCUUCUUGCAAUCCCCAUGAUCCUGGAACAGCUGGUCAGUCUCCAGCAGCAGCAACUGCAGCAGAUUCAGCUAACCGAGCAAAUACGAAUCCAGGUGGCCAUGAUGGCACCUCAGAGUUUCCAUUCUGCACUGGGUGCUGCUGUGGAUCCACUGAAAGCACUGGGUGCACAUUUAUCACAGCAGCUUUCAGCCGCAGCUGCCCUCAUUGGCAAACGGACGGGCUCCCAGAACUUGUCCUUGGAAGCCUUAAAACAAGCAAAGUUACCUCAAUCCGCCACCAUCCCCUCAUCCCUCGCUGGAGGUUUGGUCUCAGUGCCCUUAAAAGCAGACUUGAAAGGACUCCCCGAUUUAGCUAGCCGACUUCCAGCGCUGCUUCCUCAAUCUCCAGGGGUCAUGGGAAUACAGAGUCCUUUUAAUACCCUUGCAACAAGCAUAGAUUCCUCUAAAAAGGCAAAAAAUAAGAUCCCUGCCAUGUCGGAAUCAAAAAUGGUCUCUGGUGAACAUAUGUUCAAGCACAAAUGCAAGUUCUGUGGGAAGUCAUUUGGAAAUGACAGCGCUCUCCAAAUCCACUUGCGCUCACACACUGGCGAAAGGCCCUUUAAAUGCAACAUCUGUGGAAACCGUUUCACAACUAAAGGAAACCUCAAAGUGCAUUUCCAGAGGCACAAAGAAAAAUACCCACACAUCAAGAUGAAUCCAUAUCCUGUACCAGAACACCUGGACAACAUGCCAACAAACAGUGGCAUCCCUUAUGGCAUGUCCAUGCCCAUAGAGGAAAACAAUUUUGUGGACCCCAAACCGGUGCUGGGGCUUCCCUCGACAAGUCACCAUCCACCAGUGCUCCAAGGAUUCAAGCCCUCAUAUGAUAUUCCAGUAGGUGGGGACCUCUACUCCCAGAGGCCUUCUUCAUCUGGCAGCGAUGGUGCAUCCAUUUCUUCUGGCAUGUUCGGUCAGGAGAUAUUGGGACUGGAUCAUAGCAAAGAUUCCUCUGAUGCACUGGCUGGAUUGCACCACAUAAACGGUAACGGUCUAUCUGGCGAAAAUGGCUCUGGUACUGCAAAACUUCAGCAGAUGGUGGAUGGCUUGGAGAAGAAGACAAAUGACCCCAAUGAAUGUGUUAUUUGUCAUAGAGUGCUGAGCUGCCAAAGUUCCCUCAAAAUGCAUUACCGCACACACACUGGUGAGCGACCAUACAAAUGCAAAAUCUGUGGCAGGGCUUUCUCUACCAAGGGCAACCUUAAAGCUCAUUAUGGUGUUCACAGGGCCAACACUCUCCUUAAAAUGCAACAUUCUUGUCCUAUUUGUCAUAAGAAGUUCACCAAUGCAGUUGUCCUCCAGCAGCAUAUUCGUAUGCACAUGGGUGGCCAGAUUCCCAACACCCCUCUGCCAGAGAAUCAGUUCGAAAGUCCUGAAGCACUGGAUGCUAGCAUGACUGAGGAUAAGAACAUUGACUCCACUGGCCAUGAAGAGAGCAUGGAGGAGCAAGACUUGGAUUUGGACAAUCAAGAGAAGCUGAACAUCUCUACAGAGCCCCAGCCCACUGCUAAAGAAGAUCAGGCUUUCCAAGGUCCACCAUCUAUGUUUACAGGCAUCGCCGCCCUGGAGAACCACAUGAAGAGCCUCACCUCUGCUUUGAACCUGCAACGACAAAGCAGCACAGCUUCUGAGAGCGAUAGCGGGCUGAAAGAUUCCCCAUCAGGGUCUGGAGAAAUGGAUUACAAAAAUGGCUGCAGUCCAGCUGUGUCAGAUUCUGUGUCCUUUCACUCUUUGUCCCCUAUAGACGGUCCCCUGAGUAAUGGACAAUCAAAAUCACCAGAAUCCACAAACCCAGAUGAUGGAGUUAAAUCCAGACCUGACUCUGAUGCACCUCAAGAUUUUAGUGAAAACAGUGGAGCACUGGACUUGACAUCAAGUUUUACCCCAAAACCCAUCAAAGAGGAGCCAGGCUUGUCCUUCUCCAAUGGCGAAUAUGGUCCUAGUCAGUUACCAUUCAUGAGGGUGCCUCCAAGUCUGGUCAAACUGGAGAUGCAGAUUCCUCUUGAGACUCCCAUGGGUGCUCACGGCCUGUACAGCUCCCAACUGCCCCAAGGAGCUGCCACUCCUCCUGCUACUUCUAGUGCUCCUCGUCGCUCCACUAAGCAGCAUCUCUGCAAUAACUGUGGGAAGAACUUUUCAUCGGCAAGCGCCCUGCAAAUCCAUGAACGUACACACACGGGCGAGAAGCCAUUCAUUUGCACAAUUUGUGGCAGGGCUUUCACAACAAAGGGAAACCUUAAGGUGCAUGUUGGGACCCACAUGUGGAAUAAUACAGCAAGGCGAGGUCAACGUGUCUCGUUGGAUAACCCAAUGGCUUUGAUGGCCAUGGGCACAGAGGCCAAGAUGAAACCAGACAUGCUGCCACCCCCAAAGGAUUUGAUUCCCCCACCGAUUAAUUUCGACCCAUCGAUGUGGAACCAGUACGCCGCUGCCUUCACAAACGGGUUGACUAUGAAGACCAAUGAGAUUUCAGUCAUCCAAAAUGGUGGCAUUCCUCUCCCAGGAAGUCUCGCUGGAGGUCCUUUAGUGGGCUCUACUGGGGGAAUAACCAAGAUUGAGACUUCUCAGAUGGGCAUCCCUGGCACAGUUGCAGAAAUGGAAAAGAAUGGCUCUGACAGCAUAGCAAAAUUUCCACAUUUUAUGGAGGAGGGUAAAGUGAAUUAGAAAGUAGAAGGACUACAGACAGAUGUUCCCAAUCAACGGUCUGGAUUGUGCUAACGAGCAGGCUGAAAUGUUAGGAAUUGGGCUAUUUAUUAAUUCAGUCCUUAGUUGGUACAACCAUGAGCCUAUACCCUAAAACAGGCCAUGCCUUCCUUAUUGGACCCAUACAUGCUAUCGAUUACUUCUAGUUGAAUCUGAUCUAACUACUGUAGUUUUUCUUUUCUUUCUCUCUCUAAUAUAUGCGGGUAUUUUGUCAGUUUUGUUUAUAGAAGUUGAAUGUAAAUCUUACUUGAAAUAGCUUUAUUCCAGAGCAGUCUCAUUAGUGAUAGGGUACUCUUUGUGAGUUAUAUUGGGCUCAGCUCUAUGACCCUCAGGAAGAUCUCAGCCACAGGUGACCAGAGAUCUCAAUGUUUUAACAGUGUAACAUCUUGUUCAUCUCUGCGUGACUACACAUAGUCCUGUUGUUAGUUGUGUUCCAUUAAAAUUCACUAGUCACAAAUAACAUGCAUUGCAUAGAAGUCAUACAGCCAAGGUGUUUGUGGAAUACAUGCCUAGUUAAAUUGACCAUUCCACACAAUCUACUGAAAAUUACAGUUUCAAUGAUGGACAUAAUAAGUGGUUAUAGUAUAGGUUUGUUUUGAAGCUGAAUUUCACUAAGUUAUUAUAAAUUUUGACUAUAGUUUCUAUUUGCGCUUAAUACCAAAAAUUAUUUUGCUAAGUGCCUGUCUUGGAGUGCCCCCCCCUUCUCUUUUUAUUAUUAUUAUUAUUAUUAUUUUAUUUUUUUUGCCGUCACAAAAGACACCACAGGAUUGUAAUAAAGGCCUUUCUUUUUAGACCAUAAUAUGCUAUUUUUUUUUUCAUUUAGCUAUAGCUUUUUCAAUAAAUAAUUAAUUGUUCUUCUUUGAAAGUGAUUUAAUUUGGUAGUAGUUUUCGUGCUUUCAGUGAUCUUUAUCAAAUAUUAGAUUGAGUUGCUUUCAUAUGAGACCUUUAAUAGGAGGCCAAAAGGCCUAAUCAUUCCUUGCACUUUAUUUUUCCUCAUUCUGCUAAGAUCUGAUAUAAACCAGGCAUGUCAUUUAUCCGAGGAACUUUUGUUUCUUGGGCUCGUCAUUUAGAGACAAUUUGCUUGCUUGCUGCUGUUUUAGGACCCACUGAGUUUUAGAAUUCUGUAAAUUUGUCAUUUACCAUGCAUUUUAUACUUGUGAGCUAAGCAGGCAUGCAUAUCUUGUCCCAAAACAUCAGCAGUCAUUCUUAUUCUGGGAAAAAGUCAUGGUUUGCUACCCAGUUGUGUGUUGUUGUGGGGAAAUCUUUUUGAGAUCGUAGUCAUGCAUUCUUGAGUUAAAGGAAUGAACUUGUGUGUAUGCACACAGAGUAUCUAAACCGUAGAGACUUUACGCUGGUCAAAUUUCUACCUCAUUUAGGUUUUUUCUUUUUUGGCAUUGUGUUUGGAGUUAUGGUUGCAUUGUGCCCCGUAACCUGCUGAUUUCUGUAAUAUAAUGAAUGUAUCGCCAGACACUUUGCACAACACUUGUUCAGAAUAGGCAGACUCCUCCUGUACAUCCUCUUUCUAAUAUGCAUUUACCAAGUUGUGCCUUUUUUCUAGAUGUAAAAAAAAAAGGUGGUGUCAGAUCUUGGAUAAAUGGGGUCAUGUCUGUAUGAUUGUUCAAAUGUUGAGUCUGUUUUAGGCUUGUUUACAGUGUAGACUUUUUUUUUUUUUUUUUUUUUUUUCUUUUUUUUUGUAAAUGUUUGCUUUUGUUUGUUCCAUUUCUGUUCUGAUAUUUUGAGAAUAAAAACAAGGAUGACUUUUCCAAACCUUUGUCUAAAUCAACAUGCAGUCGUUACUGUUAUAGGAAAAAAGACACUUGAGGACACUGAGGUGGAUGAUACAGCAUGAGGGAUACUUGUGUAAACUGAUUAUAAUGUGAGGGAAAAAGCGUUUUAUUUUCAUUCUCGUGUUCUCCAAGCAGAAAACAUAACUAGUAAGUUAUUUGUUUGCAACGAAGGCAAACUGAUCUGAAUAAAUGACAUUUAAAAAGGUA